UCGAAAAUGGUGGACGUUCAGCCUCCGCCUUUCCGGAGCCUUGAUGAUUUUCUAUUCGGUUCGGCCCGGUUCUCCGCGCCUGAUGUCCGUAAUUUAGAGAGGUGGAACAACCGCAUCAUUAACAACCUGCUGUAUUACCAGACCAACUAUUUUGCCUCGGCUUUGGCGUUGCUGCUGAUAGUCGGGUAUUUCCGGCCCUUUCAGCUCAUCCUUGGAGCGGCUGUGGUGAUCUCAGUGUUUCUGAGCUUUGUAUGGGCUGCGGAAAACAAGGCCACAGUGAGACGCUUUCGGAGGAACCAUCCUUCUCUCUGUCUAAUCGCCAUCUUGGGCUCCAGCUACUUUUUAUUAUCGUUCCUGGGAGGUGUGGCCAUCUUCCUCUUUGGCAUCACCUUCCCCAUCUUAAUGAUUUUAAUCCAUGCAUCAGUAAGACUCCGGAGCUUAAAGAACAAAGUGGAGAACAAGCUGGAGAGCAUCGGGCUGAAGAGAACACCUAUGGGUAUGCUGCUGGAGGCGCUCGGCCAAGAGCAAGAGGCCGGCUCGUAGAGCUGCAGCAACCUUCCCUUAGGUCCUAAACACUACAAGCAGUAUGGCGUUAAUAUUGUGGCAUUGCUUCUAAAGGCUUAAGGGGAGAAAAACAGAAGUAUGUACAGUCGAGUGCAAAAGUUUGCAUCCCCUCUGUCGUUUAAUGGGAAAAACAAGGCAAAACCAAUAGAAGAAAUAGUUCAAACGUGACAUUGUGACUGUUAAACUUUUAAACUAAUAUUAUUUUCUUUUUCACUAUUCAUGUCUUAACAUGUACUGUUUAAAUAUUUUUGUUACUUGUGACCAUGAAGGACCAUUUAUGAAACAGAAGCACUCCACAUUGUCGUUCUCAUUUUAACCUAAGGGCAUGUAAACAUUUCCACUCGACUUUGUUUUAAAUGAAGGAUGAAUCGAAUGAACAUCUGAAACGUACCUGCCUUAUCACCUAACUUUAUCAUGAUUUGAUUGCGUUAAAAAAAUUUUUAUUGCAUUUAAAAAACAUAUGUUAAAUUUCCCAAUUUUUACUUUUGAAUGAUUUUUGUUCUCAUCGCACAUGAACACAGCAGAGCAUUAAGUUUCCACAUUUGUGCCAACAUUCCCUGAGUAACAAGGGCCUUGUUGAUUUCCUCACGUGUUGCUAGUGACCAAUGCAUCACACAUUCUUAUAUUGUGAAAAUUAUGUUUUGCCAAUGACACACAGUCACUUUUUUAUUUAUGAGCUCUAUGUCUAAAAAUGAUGUAAGUGGAUUCAACAAAUGUCUGAUUCAUUACUCGGGUUAAAUACUGCAAGUGUUUCUAUCUUGAUAAUUUGCGACAUUUGGUUGUUUCCUAUGCUUGUACAAGUAUUAUGAGGAUGUAUUUGCAUCGACUUUGUUUGAGUUUGACCUGAGAUAGCCAGUGUAUCAUCAUUUUUUCUUUUUUUUUGUCAAUAAAACUGAUGUGACUUUUUAA